CCUGCCCCGGACCUUCCAGGAGGAGGGGCUGGGAGGAGCGCUCGGAGGCGCUAGCGAGCCUUCCCAGGAGGUGGGCGCCGGGCCGCGGACGAGGACCGGCCAGGGGACGGGACUGCGACCGGGCUGCCGGCGGGGUCGGUCGCCAACCGGGGGCGUCCCAGGCCGCUUCCUGCUCUCCUCCCGGGACCCUCGGUGGCCGGCUAGUGCCGGGCUGGUGGCCGGUGGGUGGCCCACCGCGAAGCCCUGGCUCUGUCCAGGUCACUCGCACCCCACCUUUGGAAAGCUGUCAGACUUUGUCACGUUCGCUUUCGUCCCCACCUGGAACGGGGCAGAUGGCUUCACUGUCUUAGAAAAGGGAGCCAGCCAGGCCCGCGGGUGCCGUGGAAAUCCCAGAACUCUGCCCAGCUGCCUAAGGGCCUGAGCCCCGCCCACCGAGAGCACCGGGAAAGCAGGCUCCACGGUCAGGCACAAAUAGGAUGCUGUCCUCUUGCUCAGUGCCUGGAAAGGAGCCCUGGGGAUGCUGAUGCUGGCGGUCGCCACCCUGGGGAGCAGCCAGUGCCCCACCAGCUUCUCUCCUUUAGGAAAAGCAAAGCCCUGUCUCUUGAUUUUACCAAAUUAGCUGACCACCCCCAUCACUGAUGAAGCUCCUGUGGUCUCAGGAAUGGAAGCAGUGGAACAGUCGGGGGCCUGGGCCCCUAGAAUGAGGAGGCCAUGUCUGGAGCUCCCUGUGUUAGGCCUUGGAGGGUUGAAGAAUAUGUAGGCUGAAGAUGGAAAUACACAACAAAGAUUGGCAAGGGUCAAAUGGGCUUGGAAUUUGGAGGGAGUGCUACAGGUGCCCAGAGGGAUAUUUCCAGCUGUGUCCAGAUGAGUGGGAAGAACAAGGGACAGACUCACUCUCGGAUGCUGAUGGUGUAGCGCUCACAGGAGAAUCUGCCUCCUGAGAACCACGUCUCCCACUGCGUGGCCCAGUGUGGACCACCACAGCUGCACCAGAUUCUGGAAUCGCAGCCCGGAGCAUGUGCCAGGAGGCGCCAUCCCGAUGCGGGUCACCACCAGAGACCCGCAGUCUCUCAUCUCUUCUCCGUGAAGAAUGCAGGUGUGUCUACUGUAAACUCAAGUACACUGGCUCCAAGGCCCACCUGAACCCAGAAGAAAUUCACUGAGGAAGGAAGAGGCAGUUCUGCUAUCAGGACUCCGUGAGAUCAUCCCUGCGAGAGAACCGCAAGCUACGUGGGUGGAGAGGCAAGGGAAGAACUUCCGGCUUUAAUCAUCCUGUGCCUCUGCAGCACACAUCCUUCCCAACGCUUGGUGCACUGACAGCAACAUCGCUGUCAGAGAGACAGUCAGCAGACAAGGAAACCCGUGGCUGCACAAGGAGCAUGGGAGGCUACCUGGACCUUCUUUUGGAGGUAGUGCUUGUGGUCAGCCCUGUGCUAACAAUUCCUUCCUGCACCUCUGAUGGCCAGAGGGCCUUGUAUCGAUCCUGCAACCUAACCCAGGUGCCGCCAGUCCCCAGCACCACCCAGAUCCUCCUGCUUAGCUUCAACUAUAUCCGGACUGUGACAACCACGUCUUUCCCCUUCCUGGAGCAGCUGCAGCUGCUGGAGCUUGGGACUCAGUUUACCCCCUUUACCAUCGGCAGAGAGGCCUUCAGAAACCUGCCCAACCUCAGGGUGUUGGACCUGGGCAAGAGUCAGGUGGAUUUCCUGCAUCCCGAUGCUUUCCAGGGGCUGCCCCGCCUGCAGGAACUUAGACUCUUCCACUGUGGUCUGUCUGAUAAGACAUUAAAAGAUGGUUAUUUCAGAAAUUUGGAGUCUUUGUCUCGCCUGGACCUGUCCAAAAAUCAGAUUCAAAGCCUUAACCUUCACCCUUCAUUCUGGGAAUUAAAUUCCCUGAAGUCCAUUGAUUUUUCCCUCAACCAGAUACCCGUCGUGUGUGAACACGAGCUUCAGCCGCUGCAAGGGAAAACGCUCUCACUGUUAAACCUCGCCGCCAAUCAGUUGUACAGCAGGGGCUCCAUGGACUGGGGCGCAUGCAUGAACCCAUUCAAGAACAUGGUCUUGGAGACCCUGGAUGUUUCUGGCAAUGGCUGGACUGCAGACAUCACAGGCAACUUCAGCAGGGCUGUCAGUGGGAGCCAGAUCUCUUCCCUGGUCCUGGCCCACCAUAUUAUGGGGCCCGGGUUUGGCUUCCAGAACAUCAGGGACCCCAACCGGGACACGUUUGCAGGCCUGGCCAGGAGCACGCUGCUGUGGCUGGACCUGUCCUAUGGCUUCAUCUUCUCCCUGAACUUCCGAGUCUUUGAGGCCCUCAAGGACUUGAAGCUCCUGCAACUGGCCCACAACAAGAUCAACAGGAUUGCAGAAGAAGCGUUUUAUGGCCUCGACAGCCUCCAGGUUCUCAACAUGUCCUACAACCUCCUGGGGGAGCUUUAUGAUUCUGAUUUCUCCGGACUCCUUCAGGUAGCCUAUAUUGAUCUCCAAAACAAUCAUAUUGGGAUCAUUCAGAGCCAGACCUUCAGGUUCCUGAAAACGUUACAGACCUUGGAUCUGCGGGACAAUGCUCUUAAAACAAUCUCUUUCCUGCCAAGCCUAGACACCAUCUUCUUGGGUAGCAAUAAGCUGGCGGCCUUGCCGGACAUGGAACUUAAAGCCAGCUUCAUCCACUUGUCAGAAAACAGGCUAGAGGAUCUGGAUGAUCUCUACUUCCUCCUCCAGGUCCCCAACCUCCAGGUCCUCAUUCUGAAUCAAAACCGCUUUUCCUCUUGCAGCCGUGCUCGCGGCCCGGCAGGGAGCCUCAGCCUGGAAACGCUUUUCCUCGGAAGAAACAUGUUGCAGCUUGCCUGGGAAACCGGCUUCUGCUGGGAUGUGUUCAAGGGACUUUCACGGCUCCGGGUCCUGUAUCUGAACAAUAACUACCUGACCUUCAUCCCGCCGGGAGCCCUUGGCGAUCUGAGUGCGCUGAGGGGUCUCGACCUCAGCUCCAACAGGCUGAUGGCACUUACUCCUGGUGACCUGCCCGCCAACCUGGAGGUGCUGGACGUGUCCAGAAACCAGCUCCUGACCCUGGACCCCAACCUGCUGGCGACCCUCACCGCCGUGGACAUAACACACAACAAAUUCAUCUGUGAGUGUGACCUCCGUUCUCUCGUUGUUUGGCUCAACCAGACCAACGUCACCGUGUUUGGGUCUGGUGCAGACAUCUCCUGCACGUACCCCAACGCACUCGCAGGGACCCCCCUCUCCUCUGUCUCCAUGGAGGACUGUGAUGAAGAGGAGGUCUUGAAGGCUCUACGGUUGUCUCUUUUCGUCUCCUCCACGGUGACCCUGACUCUGUUCCUCGUGACAGUCUUCGUGUCUACUAAGCUCCGGGGCCUUGGCUUCAUUUGCUACAGGGCGGCCUGCAGACUGCUACCCACGGUCCAGGCCGAGUGCCACGAGUCCAAGUCGUACAGAUACGAUGCAUACCUCUGCUUCAGUGGCAGAGACUUUGCAUGGGUGCAGUGGGCUCUGCUCAGACACCUGGAUGCUCAGUAUAGUGCCCAGAACAGAUUCAACCUGUGCUUUGAAGAAAGAGACUUUGUCCCGGGGCGGGAGCAUAUCGCCAACAUCCAGGAUGCCGUGUGGGGCAGCAGGAAGGUGGUCUGCCUCGUGAGCCGACACUUCCUCCGGGACGGGUGGUGCCUGGAAGCCUUUGCCUACGCCCAGAGCAGGUGUGUGUCUGAUGCGGACGGUGCCCUCAUCCUGGUGAUCGUCGGGUCCCUGUCCCGGUUCCAGCUGAUGAAGCACCGGGGCAUUGCAGGGUUUGUGCGGAAACGGCACUACCUGAGGUGGCCCGAGGACCUCCAGGACGUGGGCUGGUUCCUUCACACACUCUCCCAGCACAUUCUGAAGAGAGAGAAGGACACCAUCAGGGAUGGGAGCAUCCAGCUGCAGGCUGUGGUGACCGUCUCCUAGCCAAGGAGCAUUUCCCCCUAAUCUCACGCCACGGAUAACUCUUACUGUUUUGGGGUCCUGUUUUGGAGGUUUUUUGUUUUUUGAUUUUUUUUUUCUAUUAGGAAAACAACAUAGCUCUGAAUUCUCAUAGCCUCAUGAUGCCUGGUCUCACUGACCCGGAAAUGGAAAGGAAUCUUGUUCUCUCCAGACUCACUGAACAGGACACACCUUCGUCAUGGGAAGGGCACGAGGAGAGGCAUCCCAGGUGGCUGAGAGCCUUUCUCUGGUGCUCGCUCAGUUGGCAAGGGGUGCCCUGUGCUCUGCAGAACAACACUGAGGAGGAAGAAUGGAAAAGAGGGUGUGUCUCCUGCUUCCACCGCAGGGAGGAUGCCCCUGCUGGGUGCCGGUCCUGCUCUGUCUGAGAUAAGCACUGGCCCCACAGAAGCUGGCUGGAGAGGACCUGGAUCUUGUCGAGACCAUAGCACUCUCCCUGUUCCUCAUGAGCUCUUCUUCACAUGUGGCCUGUGUUCCCCUUCCUUCUCUCCCACACCCCGCUCAUGCACGGUGCUGCACGGGGAGCCUCCUUCCAGGCCUGAUUCUGCUGCUCGGGCGCUGUGUGACCUCAAGCACAUGACAAACCCCUCUGGGCCUGCUUUUUUAUCUGCAGGUCAGGUGCUAUCUACCAAGGACCUCAGGCUUCUCAGAUCUUCUCCUUGGUUACCUUGCUGGCCCCAAGGGCAUGCACACACAGAGGGGCCUUCUGGAGGCAGUCAAAACUUCUCUGAAGUUGUAUUUUGUUUUUAAUCUUAAAAAAAGUCUCUGUAUAUUUUGCA